AUGGACCUUGACGACGACCUCGCCGAGAUGGCAUUUACCACCCCUCCAUUGUCAUCCCGCUCGGACUGCCGUAUGUCGCAAAAGGCCAAGCAGACUCCCCAGGACACCCUGCGCCAGUUCUGGGAUCAGUUCACCACCAAGUUCCCUGGCAAGGUCUACACCGUACUCCCCGAUAACCCCUAUGCGCGGGCCAAGGCCUCCCGCAUCCCCAAGGGCGUCGUACAGGCCCAGGAUGCCGGCAAGUCCUAUGAGCAAGCGUCGGGGGAGUGUAAGCGCGCCGUGGAGCGCAUCGUGAAGGAAUGCCAGCGACUCAACCAGAAGUACACCGAUCCGCACUUCGAUAUCGAGGUCGAUCUGAAAUCGGGGCGGAGAGAUUACCUCGAUGGCUUGAAUAAGAAGAACUUGGAGAUGCUCCCGCGCGGAGUAAAGAGAGUGACCGAAAUCUUUGAGAACCCGCAGUUCUUUGUCAACGGGCCGACGGCGUCGGAUGUGCGACAGGGUCGCGACGGCGACUGUUGGUUCAUGGCUGCGCUGUGUACGAUGGGCAAUAAGGAAGAGUUGAUUGAAAAGAUAUGUGUUGCCCGUGACGAGAAGGUGGGAGUAUAUGGAUUUGUCUUCUAUCGAGAUGGCGAUUGGCAGCAAUGCAUUGUGGACGACAAAUUGUACCUGCGGGCAGCAGAUUAUGAUGAGUCGGUGGAAGAACGACCGGUCUGGGACAACAUCACGCGGAACGACACUGAAGAAGAAUACCGUCGCGUCUGGCAGACUGGCUCUCGAGCCCUGUACUUCGCCCAGUGUGUGGACGAAAACGAAACGUGGUUGCCGCUACUCGAAAAGGCCUUUGCAAAGGCCCACGGUGACUACACGGCCAUUGAAGGGGGCUUCGUGGGGGAGGCAAUUGAGGACCUCACCGGCGGUGUCACGUCGGACAUCCUAACGAGCAACAUCCUGGACAAGGACAAGUUCUGGGAGAAUGAGCUCAUGAAAGUGAACAAGGAUUUCCUGUUCGGCUGUGGUACUGGGUUGUUUUCCAACUGGCUGGAUCCAAAGUAUAAUGGUCCGAAAGAUAGGACAGGAAUCGCCGAGAACCAUUCCUACUCAAUCAUGGAAGCCAGAGAAAUUGAAGGACACCGACUUCUCCGACUGAGGAAUCCCUGGGGCAAGAAAGAAUGGAGCGGAGCCUGGUCAGAUGGAUCCGAACAGUGGACACCCGAGUGGAUGAGGAAGCUGGGCCAUAAGUUUGGCAACGACGGUUUCUUCUGGAUCUCCUACAACGAUCUUCUCAAAAAGUAUCAACACCUCGACCGAACUCGUCUUUUUGGGCCUGAAUGGACAGUCACCCAGCAGUGGACAAGUCUGAAUAUUCCCUGGGCCGCAGGAUAUCAUGGGACGAAAUUCAUGAUGAACGUCACGAAGCGUGGCCCCAAGGUCAUUGUGCUCUCUCAGCUCGACUCGCGUUAUUUCAGAGGAUUGGCAGAUGAAUAUAGCUUCAAACUGAAGUUUCGAAUUCAGAAAGAAGGCGAGAAUGACUACGUGGUGCGCAGCAACAGCGCCCUCGACCAUUUCCGCACGCGUUCGGUGAACGCAGAAGUCGAUGACCUCGAGCCCGGACGCUAUCACGUCCUUUUGAAGGUCACUGCGGAGCGAUACGAUGCCGAAUCUACCGAGGACGUGGUCAGGAGCCUGGCGCCCAUUAAGCGGGAGAAACUCGUCCAAAUCGGGCUUUCGUAUGACCUCGCCCACGCCAAAGGUUUGGUGAUCGAGACCGACAAGGAAAAGAAAGCUCGGGAGGAGUACGAGCGGCAUCGCAAAAAUCAGGAGCGUCAGAAGCUGAAGCACGAAACAAGACGGAGGCUGGAGAAAGAAUGGAUCCGGGAGCGCAAGAUGUCCGCGCGGAAACAAAGAAUGACCGAAAAGCUUGCUGCGAAGAGGCACAACUCCAGGGGCACUCUAGCGGAUCACAGAAAUGGCGGUCCUCCACCUGCUGAGCAGAUCCUCCCUGAUGGCCCCGUACAAUCGCCAUCGGAUAUUGCCCAGGGCCAAAACGGCAACGGCCCCGACGCCGAUGCCUCGAACAGACCCCGGAUUCCUACCAUCCAGCUCGAAAGAGACCACCACUCGGACUCGGGAGCCCGGAAGCGAAAGCGUCUGCUGCAAUCCAGCCUUGAUACGUCCUGUUCCACUCACUCCUCAUACUAUGAGCAAGCGAAGCAGAAUGGGUUCCUGGAGGGAUUCGAGUUUGACUCAGACCUUGAUAUGCCUCCGGAGGAGCCGUCGGAGAUCAAGACUCCUCGCAUUGGAACGGGCAUGUCACUCGGGGAGACCAACAGCGACCCCUGGAAUGCAGUCUGUGUGGUGGGUCUGCGAGUAUACUCCAAGGAUACGGGGCUGUCGCUGGAGGUUAUCCGUCCUCUGCCUGAUGAUGGUGUCGAGGCCGCUCUUGAUAUGGACGACCCGGCAGCGAGUGCGACUUCUCCCAAGUUUUCAUUUCCCCGGAAGCCUUUUUUCUAG